AUGUAUGUGAACAAGAGGAAUCCUCAGCUGGGUAAGGAAGUGACUGGGAAUUCCACAGAAGAGGAGCAAGUCCUGGAUCCGAAGCAAAGAAUAUUACACAGGGAGGACUCGAUGGAAUAUGAUGAGAAUGUGUCCUCGCUUGGUAACUGGCACAAAUUGGAUCUCGCUAGACACCAGCAAACCCACACAGGAGAGGAACACUGUGCUAGUGGAAAGCCCUACAAAUGCACUGUGUGUGGGAAAUGUUUUGCCCAAAAGAAGGCACUUGUGUCUCACAAGAGGGCCCACACUGGAAAGAAAUCCUUCAGAUGCUUAGAGUGUGGGAAAUGUUUUGAUUUCAAUUCAGACCUUGUGAGUCAUCAGAGAGUCCACACAGGAGAGAAGCCGUAUGACUGCAGGGAGUGUGGCAAAUGUUUUCGUUUUAGAAGUAAUCUGGCGACCCACCAGAGUGUCCACACAGGAGAGAAACCAUAUGAAUGCGAGGAGUGUGGGAAACGUUUUGCUCACCGUGCAGACCUUGUGAAGCAUCAGAGAAUCCACACAGGAGAGAAGCCACACAAAUGCCAAGAAUGUGGGAAAUGUUAUGGUACCAAGGGAUCCCUCAGGUCCCACAGGAGAACCCACACAGGGGAAAAGCCCUAUAAAUGUCCAGAGUGUGGGAAAUGUUUCGCUUACUCUUCAUACCUUAAAAUCCACCAGCAUUUUCACACAGGAGCAAAACCCUAUAAAUGCAUGGAAUGUGGAAAAGAGUUUGCUUAUUCCUCAAACUUUCAUACUCACCAACAACUCCACACAGGUCAGAAACCCUUUAAAUGCACAGAGUGUGGGAAAAGUUUUGCUCAUAAUUCAGGCCUUACACGCCAUCAAAGAGUCCACACAGGAGUGAAACCGUACGAAUGCCGUGAGUGUGGGGAAUGUUUUGCUUGGAGCAGCAACUUUGUGACCCACCAAAGAGUCCACACGGGAGAAAAACCUUAUCGAUGCUUUGAUUGUGGAAAAUGUUUUGCUCAAAGUUCUGAACUUGUAAUCCAUAAGAGGACUCACUCAGGAGAGAGACCCUAUAAAUGCAUGGAGUGUGGAAAAGAUUUUUCUGGCAACUCAGCAUUUGUGAAGCACCUCCGGUGCCACAGGGGAGAGAAGCCCUACAAAUGUACCGAGUGUGGGAAAUGUUUUGCCGUAAACGCAAAGCUUGUGACCCACAUGAGGGUCCAUACUGGGGAGAAACCAUACGAAUGCUUGGAGUGUGAUAAACGUUUUUCUCAACGCCCGCAUCUUAGGACCCAUCAGAGAAUUCAUACGAAUGAGAAACCCUACCAAUGCUCAGAAUGUGGGAAACAUUUUUCUUCCCGCUCAUCUUUGGCAAUCCACCAGCCUAUCCACUCUGGAGAAAAACCCUAUCAGUGUUCUCAGUGUGGGAAACGUUUUCUUGACAAAUCACGUCUAGCAAAACACCACAGAGUCCACAUAGGAAAGAAACCCUUUGAAUGCGGUGAGUGUGGAAAGUGUUUUGCCAGAAACACACACCUUAGGUCUCAUCAGAAAGUCCACACGGGAGUGAAGCCUUAUAAGUGUUUGGAGUGUGGGAAGUGUUUUGCGUUUAGCUCAAACUUCGUGAGCCACCAGCUGGUCCAUACGGGAGAGAAACCCCAUAAGUGCUUUGAAUGUGGGAAAAGUUUUGCUAGACAGUCAGCAUUUGCAAGCCACCACAGAAUUCAUACUGGAGAGAAACCCUACAAAUGCCAGGAUUGUGGGAGAAGCUUUGUGCAGCGCUCCUCCCUUGUGUCCCACCAGAAGACACAUUCUGCAGUGAAACCUUACGAGUGCUUGGAUUGUGGGAAAAAGUAUAGAGACAAGCGAUGUUUUGUUCGCCAUCAAGGAACACACAAAGGCGGGGAACCCUCUCUUAUCUCCCUGUGA